GAGGUAUCUAAUUUUAAGUAAAAUAAUACACAACCUAAUGGAAGUCAAAGAUGGCAGCAAAGAAGUCAUGCAUGAGGUACAGAAAGCUGAUGAUGAGUCCUACCUCAGAGACUACGAGCGACAGCUAGCACUUAGUUCCAAAGAUAACCAAGAAGACUGGAUUGAUCACUGCAGAGAGCUUGUCAUUGAGUACAAGAAAUUAGCCAAAAACUCAAAGACUUGUUACGAAAAGAAGCAAGGAGACAUUGGAUAUAUUCUUAGCCUAAAUUGGCUAGACCACUGGAAGAAAUACGCUUACUUUAAUGUGAUGGGGAACAACAAUAUUCCAGAUUUUGAAGAGAGUAGACCAACACAAAUUAAAGAUAUUGAUAAUGCAGAUCUGCUCAUCCCAAAAUAUCAGUUUGUAAACGAAAUUGACCCUAAGAGCCAUUACAAUUUUGUCAUCAAGGAAGAUUUGCGAGAGAAUGUUGAUUACAUUGUAGUUGACAAAGACAUCUGGAACUUCUUCCACUCAAGAUAUGGAGGAGAGCCUCUCAAGAGGGUUUACCACAAAAUUUACACUUUCAUUGCAGAUGUUGAAACUAAAUUCACUCGAGUAAAUUUUGUAAUUCUUCCUCCUCGUGAGAACUGAGGCUCAGUGGAUAUUAGUCAGUUCUAUACUAUAUACUCCAGUAUGUAUGAUACACUUGAGGAACUCUUAGUGAGAAUAGUGACAAACAUGAAUUCUGACCAAUACGGAUAUAAGCUACAGAGAGAAAAGAUCAAGGCAUGGAAAUUUCGAAUAAGUCAUAGUCUCUUAGAGAAUACUCAUAGAAUAAGAGAGUUUGUGUGAAGUCAAGACCAAUAUUGCUUUGCUAUUGAUUCUCAGUCUCAACAAGAGCAGCGAACCAAAUCAAUCAUUUACGAAACUGCCAUAGCAGAUCCAGCCGAAUGUCUUGAAGCAGUAACCUAUUAUCCUCUCUCAGAUUUCGAUUUUCUAUCUAGUACUCUUAUAAUUGAAGUAUUACCUGAAGUAUCAGACUACUUUACAUCCAAUCAUGAGGUCACAAACACCAACACACUUAUACCCUAACUAUUGCUUUAUAAGCCCCCUCUUCUC